UGUUUUUCCGCCGCGAUUCUCUUUGCGAGCGCCGCUCACGGAACACCCCCGCGGGGAGGCGACAGACAGGACUGCGGGGCCGCGGAGGAGCGGCGAAGAGCCAGGCCAGGAAAGGACGCCCGAGUCCGGUUUGAUGCUGGCGGCCCGUCCGCCCUUUAAACGCGGGUGCUGCUGCUGCUGCAUUCAUAAGGGAUCGCCGUUUAUCCGAGAAGCCAUCGGACGCGUCAACGUCCCCCGUUUUCACAUUCAGGGCCGGUCGGUGGACGUCAAUCGCACGAACGGAGCGUGAGAGCAUCCCUCCCUCCCUGCGGCUCUCCAGCGCCUGACGGGCCCAGAGUCAUGGGCAACACGCCGGCCGCCAAACGGGGCAACGAGAUGGAAAGCGUCAAAGAGUUUUUGGCCUUCGCCAGAGAAGAUUUCCUCAGGAAAUGGGAGAAUCCUGCACAGAACACGGCGAGUCUGGAGGACUUCGAGCGCUUGAAGACUCUGGGCACGGGCUCGUUCGGUCGCGUGAUGCUGGUCAGACACCGAGAGACCGGGCAGCACUACGCCAUGAAGAUCCUCAACAAACAGAAGGUUGUGAAGCUGAAGCAGAUCGAACACACUCUCAACGAGAAGCGGAUUCUGCAGGCCGUCAGCUUCCCCUUCCUAGUGCGGCUGGAAUACUCCUUCAAGGACAACACUAAUCUCUACAUGGUGAUGCAGUACGUUCAGGGAGGAGAGAUGUUUUCACACCUGCGUAGAAUCGGCAGAUUCAGUGAACCCCAUGCACGGUUUUAUGCUUCACAAAUAGUUUUGACAUUUGAAUAUCUGCAUGCCCUCGACCUGAUCUACAGAGACCUUAAACCAGAGAACCUCCUCAUCGAUCAGCAGGGCUAUAUACAGGUGACAGACUUUGGCUUUGCGAAGCGGGUCAAGGGUCGCACGUGGACAUUGUGUGGCACCCCGGAGUAUCUGGCCCCAGAGAUCAUCCUCAGCAAGGGUUAUAAUAAAGCUGUGGACUGGUGGGCUCUGGGUGUGCUGAUGUAUGAGAUGGCUGCCGGUUAUCCUCCGUUUUUUGCCGAUCAGCCCAUUCAGAUCUACGAAAAGAUAGUCUCAGGAAAGGUACGAUUCCCGUCUCACUUCAGCUCCGACCUGAAGGACCUGCUGAGGAACCUGCUGCAGGUGGACCUCACCAAACGAUACGGAAACCUUAAAAACGGAGUUAACGACAUCAAAGGACACAAGUGGUUCUCAACUACUGACUGGAUCGCCAUUUACCAGCGGAGGGUGGAGGCCCCGUUCGUGCCUAAAUGCAGAGGUCCCGGAGACACCAGCAACUUCGACGACUACGAUGAAGAAGAGAUCCGCGUGUCGUUCACGGAGAAGUGUGCGAAAGAGUUUGCCGAGUUCUAAUACGAGAUAGAAAUCAGAGAGAGAGAGGAAUAUAUAAGUGGAGAGAAAGAGUGCAUGAAUCUUAAAACCGAUCCUUCCUCCAGCAGAGAAACCAGCGCAAGAGAGCAGAGAAGACCUCCAGGGACAAACAGUGAGGCCUUUAUCAUCUCCUCUGUUUUUACCAUGUUUCUAAUUUUCUCUUUUUUUUAUCUGUUCACGUGAUAUUAAUCAUGAAGGGUUUGAUGGGGUGUAAUUGUUGCCGCACAAAGACAGACGGGGUUAGUUAUCGUUUAUUAAUCUUGAGUGCAAGUUCUCCAUAGGUCACCAUAACAAACAUACUGAAAAAUAGAAAAAAAAAGAACGAAUGAAGAAAAAAAAAAUUUAUUCCUGUGUAAUAACCGAAAUAUUUUUGGUCCUGUAUGCUGUCAUGUGUUUCUUUAUUCUUAACAAUGCACUGAAGGGAUGAGAAAGUGAAAGAAGCCAUGAUUUCAUCAAACGAGCACCUCUUAUUAUUUCAGCUGUAGGUCCACCACGCUCUGUAAAAUAUUCACUGAUGAACUUUCACCUCUGAAAUGUGCCAUGAGAUCCUCCAGGGGUCAGUUGAUUCAUUGAUUAUAGCUGACAGCCUUCGUGCAGAGGAGGGGAUGUGUGUUUUAGUUUCGUUUGUUUAGUAUUGUUAAUAUUACACUUGUUACGGUUCUCAUUGGGUUAUACAUUUCUAAAGCCUGAUGAAGGUGCACACACUUUGUGCGGGAUUCAAAGCCUUGUGGAUGGCGCUCUCCGCCAUUUCUUCCCCCUUUAUUCUUCCAUUUCUGCAUUUUUAAACAGGCAAAGUCUUCUCUCUGAAUGGGUGCAGUGCAUCUGGAUCCUUUUUGGGUGAGAAUUUCUUACACGCAAAUAUCUCCUAAACUGGAGGUGAACUCAGUGGAUACCAGUGCUUACUCCUGAGGACAUGGUUCAAGUUAAUUGUGAUAUUUUGCACCACAAGAAUCAUUCCAAUAAAGUAUUACUAUAAAUACCA